UGCUCAUGGCCACCACGCGCACCGGCUCCUCGUUCGUGGGCGAGUUCUUCAACCAGCAGGGCAACGUCUUCUACCUCUUCGAGCCGCUGUGGCACAUCGAGCGCACGGUGUCGUUCGAGCCGGGGGGCGCCAACGCCGUGGGCUCGGCCCUGGUGUACCGCGACGUGCUCAGGCAGCUGUUCCUGUGCGACCUGUACGUGCUGGAGCCCUUCAUCACGCCGCUGCCCGAGGCGCCCCUGACGCAGUUCAUGUUCCGCCGCGGCUCCAGCCGCUCGCUGUGCGAGGACCCGGUGUGCACGCCCUUGGUCAAGAAGGUCUUCGAGAAGUACCGCUGCAAGAACCGCCGCUGCGGCCCGCUCAACGUCACGCUGGCGGCCGAGGCCUGCCGCCGCAAGGAGCACAUGGCCCUCAAGGCCGUGCGCAUCCGGCAGCUGGAGUUCCUGCAGCCGCUGGCCGAGGACCCCCGGCUGGACCUGCGCGUCAUCCAGCUGGUGCGCGACCCCCGCGCCGUGCUGGCCUCCCGCAUGGUGGCCUUCGCCGGCAAGUACGAGAGCUGGAAGAGGUGGCUGGCCGAGGGCCAGGACCAGCUG